AUGGUAAAAAGUCUCGUUCACACUGCACUGGCUAUCCUAGGAUUGCUCCACUCCGCUCUGCACCUCAUCCAGAACCAGGAGCUUUUUGCAACGUCAGCAUUCCGCUUUUCGUUCAAGACAACGGCGCUUCAACUCAGCAGGCCUGACGUCACGCCUCUGAUCAGGUACAACACGCCGGAAGCCGCUUGUGCGUUCUCAUGCAAUAGCACCCAAGUCCAGCAGUCAGCGCUCGACUUUUAUCUGAAGCACUUUCCUGAGGUCCACUCUACACGUUUGCUCAACAUCGUCCCUGCUGGUCCCUUCAACCAGACAUGCGAUCUUUUGUUCAAGUGGACUCACAGAGACGAUCUGGGAGCUUCAUCGGGGGAGGACUUCAGAAAGUUCCAAUUCCAGAGAUUCCCUGACACUGGCAACUGUGUGUUUGUUCCAAAAGCCAUGGGGUAUCACUUCACAGGAUCGACGGCUCUGCUGGAUCCACAAAACGAUCUGAGGUUUGAGACAAGUGGAAAGUGCAAGAGCGCGUUAGUUGGAAGAGAAUUCGAGGUGUCGGAGGCAGACGCAAAAUGGUAUGGCCAGGGGAUCUGGCCUGUGUGCUUUCCGGAAGAUUUGGGCUGCAAGCGAGACGAAAGGAGCAAGCACAGUUGGUAG